GGGUUCUCGAGUCGUGCCGCCGCAAUGAAAGGAUGAACUUCUUGCGGUCAGUCAGGUGUUUCAAAUGAUAGCUACAGCACGGCAGCGUCCACGAAAGCUUCUAAAAUGCUUGCUUGUGUGCGCUAUUCUCGCCACUUUUUUGGUCAUUCCCAGCUUCUACUCUCCACAAGGUUGGGUUACGAACAAGGAGGCCCGUGCAUCGGCCCAGAUGACCUGCCGACCACGUCACAGCAUCUGCUUCCUCAAGACGCACAAGUGCGCCAGUUCAUCGGUGCAGAAUUUGCUGAUGCGUUACGGUGAUAGGAACAACCUGAGAUUCGUGCUCCCACCAAAGAACAACUACCUGGGGCAUCCGAAGCAUUUUAACCGCCGGGUGGCUCUUGAUUACGACACACGGCGCUACGACAUGUUGGUCCACCACUCGCGUUUCUACGAACGGGAGAUGAGAGCAGUUCUUGGUCCAGACCCCGUCUUUGUGACGAUUGUACGAGAGCCGGCUUCCCUCUUCGAGUCCAUCUUCAGCUACUACGCGCUGGAAAGGAAGUUUGGUAGGCCACUUAACGUUUUGUACAGAAGCACAAUCGACUCGAACGUCUCGUCAACCGUUAAUUUGGACGCUCGAUUUUUCAACGGAAAGAUCGGGACCAACCAGAUGAGCUUCGACCUUGGAUUUGAACCCGACCAGUUCCUCAACGCAUCUGCUGUUGAGGAAUUUGUGCGCUAUAUUGACACUACUUUCGAUUUGGUUAUGGUAGCCGAGCGCAUGAACGAGUCACUGGUUCUCUUGCGCCAUCUACUCUGCUGGGACUGGGACGAUGUUGUAAUGUUCAAAAUUAACGAAAGGAACAAAAAAUAUAAGAAGCGACUGGAGCCUGAAGAGCUGGAAGGACUUCGGAAGUUAAACGCCGUUGACAGCGAGCUCUACAGGUAUUUCACCAGGCGACUGGACGAAAGGAUAGCUGCUUUCGGACAUGAUCGAAUGGCAGCAGAGGUGGAGAAGCUGGUUAAUAACACCAAUAAAUGGUACUCUCGCUGUGUGGAAGACGUGACUCCUGUGCACAGGAAUCAAAGCAAGAAGUUUUGGGUCAACCCAAAGGUGAUGCGACUAAAGGGUCGCGAAGGUAACCCGGAGGAAUGCCGUGGCCUUUUAACAGAGGAACUGUCUUUCACAGACUACCUGAGAAGAAAACAGCAGAGAGUGGCAAUGACUAACGUCACUACUUCAGCAGUGAAUGCCCAGAGUUGAAGCACCAGCGUCAAAUGAAACCCACAUAUGAUUCCGGACAUUCGUGCACAGAGACCAAACUCAUGAAAUAAAGGGAGUAAAGUUCAUGG